GGCUGUACGACUUAUCACUACAAAUGUAUAAAUAUAUAUUGACUUGAACAGACAUUCUCUCUCUGUAAGUGGAUUUAAAUUAACUAUAAGCCCUCCUGUGUUGCUCACUGAGUCUCAUCAAUAUGCCUUAUCCAAAGAUUUAUGCAGGCAAAUUGAACACUAGACACCAAUCUAAGUCCAUAAACACCUCAAAAGUAAUUUUGUGAUUUUUAAGAGCGGUUUUAUUUAGAGGCGGCGCUUGUUGGCAACAGAGUAACGUCGCAACGAGACUUUUUUUUCAAUCCCAGUAAAAGAGUUUGAGCAGGAACAUAGUUGUGUAUAUGUAGCAGGGGGGUCCGGCUGCAUCUGGGGGGUGACGGCUGAUUUUCAGCACAUUUAUUUUAUUUUUUUCUAUUUUAUUUUCUCCUUGUUUUCCUUACUUCGAGCAAUCCAUUGCACGCGCGCGCACGCCGAUAUAUUUGGACGUAUAGAUUUUCGUAUAGACCAUGAACAAACUCUAUGUGGGGAAUCUGAGUCCUUCGGUGACCGUGGAGGACCUGAAGCAGCUCUUCAGCGAGAGGAAGCUUCCCGUGACCGACCAGGUCCUGCUCAAAUCCGGCUAUGCCUUCGUGGAUUUCCCCGACCAGAACUGGGCGAUUAAAGCCAUCGAGACUCUAUCCGGGAAAGUUGAAUUACAUGGGAAAGUCAUCGAGGUCGACUACUCUGUUCCUAAAAAACUAAGGAGUCGGAAGAUUCAGAUCCGGAACAUUCCUCCUCAUCUCCAGUGGGAGGUUUUGGACAGCCUGUUAGCAGAGUAUGGUACUGUAGAAAAUGUGGAACAAGUUAACACUGAUACAGAAACAGCAGUGGUGAAUGUGACGUACUCAACAAAAGAGGAGGCUAAAAUAGCUGUAGAGAAGUUAACAGGACAGACGUUUGAGGAUUACUCCUUUAAAGUGUCUUAUAUUUUGGAUAUGGAUGCUGCUCCACCCCUGCCUGCGACCCGAAAUCGCCGGGGUGGAAGGACUUCGCGGGAACAGGACUCCCAGCCUGGGACCUCUGGAGGCUCCCUGGGGCUCAGACAGAAACAGCCAGACUUCCCCCUGCGCAUGCUGGUGCCCACGCAGUUUGUGGGAGCCAUCAUUGGCAAAGAGGGUCUCACAAUCAAAAACAUAACCAAACAGACACAGUCUAAGGUGGACAUCCAUCGUAAGGAAAACGCGGGAGCAGCAGAGAAGCCCAUCACCAUCCACUCCACUCCUGAGGGCUGCUCCGCCGCAUGCCGUAUGAUCAUGGACAUCAUGCAGAAAGAGGCCGAUGACACGAAGGUAACUGAAGAUAUUCCUAUGAAGAUCCUGGCCCACAACAGUCUGGUCGGAAGACUGAUUGGGAAGGAGGGCAGGAACCUGAAGAAGAUUGAAGAAGAGACAGAGACCAAGAUAACCAUCUCCUCGUUACAGGAUUUAACUAUUUAUAACCCAGAGAGAACCAUAAUAGUGAAGGGGAGUAUCGAGGCCUGUUGUAGGGCUGAAGUGGAGAUCAUGAGGAAGCUGAGGGAAGCCUAUGAGAAUGACAUUGCUGCUAUUAACCAACAAACCAACCUUAUCCCCGGGUUAAGCUUGAGUGCACUGGGCAUCUUUUCAACCGGUCUGUCAGUAUUGCCACCAGCUGCUGGGCCCAGAGGCGUCCCACCCGUACCCCCAACUGGCUACAAUCCUUUUCUUGGUCACUCAUCACAGCUGGGUGGGCUGUAUGGUGUGCCGCCUGCUAGUGCCGUCUCUCACCAGCACACACAGGCUCCUGAACAGGAGGUGGUCUACCUCUUUAUCCCAACUCAGGCUGUCGGUGCUAUUAUUGGCAAGAAGGGCCAACAUAUUAAACAACUGGCACGAUUCGCAGGAGCCUCUAUUAAGAUUGCACCUGCAGAGAGUCCUGAUGUCACUCAGAGGAUGGUCAUCAUCACUGGCCCGCCAGAAGCUCAGUUUAAGGCCCAGGGCAGGAUAUUUGGGAAACUGAAAGAAGAGAAUUUCUUUACUGCAAAAGAAGAAGUGAAGCUGGAGACACAUAUAAAAGUGCCGUCUUCAGCAGCUGGGCGGGUCAUCGGGAAAGGCGGCAAAACGGUUAAUGAGCUGCAGAACCUAACCAGUGCAGAGGUCAUAGUGCCACGGGACCAAACGCCAGACGAGAACGAUGAGGUCUUUGUCAAAAUCAGUGGGCAUUUCUUUGCCAGCCAGACUGCACAGAGGAAAAUCAGGGAGAUCAUCCAGCAGGUGAAGCAACAGGAGCAGAAGCACCAGCAAGGCGCCCCCGUGACACAUCGCUCCAAGUGACCAUCAGGGCAGCCCCAGCGGGCACCUGCCAAUGAAUGUAGCCCUCCCAACUGGAAUCAGACCAGACCGGAUGCAGGGGACCGGCCGGGCAGACCAGCAGCCGUGGGAUCAAAACCAAAGAACUUCUUUCUAGGGGAGAUGAAGGAGCCACAGGCAGAAGGGCUCUGAGUGCACUGCCAGCUUGGGGAGGGAGGGGGGAAGGAAGGAAGCGCAAGGAAGACAAGUGUUCCUUUUAUUGUUCAAACACACCCUGACUGAGAAUAGAAUAGGUAUGGGGCUUCUGUUAUCAGGAUGGGACACAUCACGGUCACCCCAAGUAACAAUUUCUUUAGAAACUUCUUAAUUUAGGCUUAAUAUAGGGUUAACAAAGAUAAGACGCUCCAUUAACACGUGUACACUGAUGCAUUUUGACUGAGUUGUGUUGCUGUUUUCUUGGGUAGGAAAGAGUGGGUGUGCACUAGCAGUUGGCGACCGAUUUUUAUUUUAUUUUUUAAUUUUUUUAAUUUUUGAUGCUCAGAUUGCGAUUUCAGUGAUCCUCAGCAGUAUUCUCACCAGUACACUAGAACAAAUAUACUGUUAUCUGAAGCAGAAGUACGAUUCGUGUUUUGCACAAGCCAUUGGCCGAGUAGUGCACAUAUGCGGUUGCAUACGCAUAACAUUAUGUUUUUCAAAUUUCUUUGAUGUUGGGAACGAGAAUGUUGGGAAUUGUAAAGGACAGAACCUUUACUUGUAUCUUAGCCUGUUUGCAUUUCAGGACACAUCAUCCAACGCAAUGGAUCCUUGUUACUUAAGCCUGCGUUUGCCAACGGAUGCGGUUGAAACAUUUCUUACUGUGCAUAUCUUUCAUUUUUUAGCUUUUCGUUCUUAUUUCUAUCCAGCUCUUACACUCCUUUUUUUAUUUUAACGCCAGUGUUUUUGCGGCCUCUGCAUUUUGUCAUUUCAUUGCCUCCACAUUCUUGUGGCGGUAGUCAUUACGAGACCGGUAUGUAGUAGAUGUGGAUUAGGAGUCACCACCCCUUGUUUGCUUUAGGGGGUAUGAAAAGAAUAUAAAGCAAGCACCAGCGCCUGAAAGACAGCGCACCUUUUACUGGCUUGGCAUCGGGCAGAAGCGAAAUCGAAUGUGCAUCAAGAACUCUGCCUUAAUCUAUGCUGAAAGCAAACGAAAAGAUGAGCGACUCAAAAUGUGAUUGGAGGGUCAGGUUUAUUGUGGGACGAGGAGGCACCUGUGGUACACACACGACCGCGUUUGGCUUUAAAUCUCUUUGUCAGGGAGCUUUCUAAAUGGCAUGACAUCUGUGAAUGUACAAUAAGCAGCCUUUUAGAGAGAGCACCACCCUGUCAUGUUCAGUGAGCUGGUUGGUCAGCGAAAUUGUUUUUUUUUUUUGUAUUAUUAUUACUUUUUUUUACCAAUACUUGGGCUGUUUUGGGAAAUUGAUCGACUAUUUCAACAGGACGUGCAGGCAUGGAUAUCCCUUUGUGCUUUAUUUUCUUCUACUUUUUGACCAUGGAAGCUUGUGGCCUUAACGUCACCGGUCUAUGACAUCACAGACAGCUCCCUCGCCCAAUGAGAGCUAAGCCUCAUCUUCCAGACGCAAGGUUUAUGCCAAUACGCACAGCUUCCAUUUGUGUGUAUGCGUGUGUGUAUAUAGAUAUAUAUAUAAAGAGAGAGAAAUAUUUAUGAAUCUAUUUUUUUUCCUAUUUUGUGACGAGAGCUAUUAAUAAGAAACAGAAAAAAGUCUUUUUUUUUUUUUUUUUUUUUUUUUUGGUGGAACACUGCCAUGUUAUUCUGAAGGGAAGUGUUUAUUUUCUUGGAAGUAGACUAUGAAUAUUGGUAGUAUACUAACAGUAAGAACAGUAAUGAAUCAACGCAACACUUGUAUCAGAAUGUGAUUGGCGCGCAUGUCAGUAUUGUGAUCUACCUCAGGCGUCAGGGUACCUCAGUCCAAUCUUAAUUUCCCUUUUUUUUUUCUCCCAACAUUUUGUAUGCCUUGUAAACUGAAAGUUUUGAACGUUUUCUUUUUAAUGAUAAUAAUAAAAUAUCAAGAAAAAGACUAGUCUGAAGUCUUCAGGUCCAUCUGACAAAGAAGAAUGGAUCUUAAAGCUUUCAAAACUGUAUGUGAAUAUACUGCGUUCUUUUACCGAUCACAACCUCGUGAUUUAUAGAAUGUGUAACUGGGGGGUACUUACCUGCACGAAAGGGGUUCUGAAUGUGGAUAUUGUAUACUGAUGUCUAGAUCAAUGACAAAUGGUUGAAAGACUAUGAAUAUCACGUAGAAUGGCUUAAUUCAAAGCAUUACGUAACGUUGUCUGAAGCGCAAGCCAGGUUUCUCUUUACAUUUUAUAAAAAUUAGUCCAAAUUCAGGAAUUACAGUAAGACCAAAUUUUUUAAUUGAGGUUUUUCUAUCAAGGCCUUUCUCAAAACAAACCCGGUUUGAUACGAAUAAAAAAAAUAAAAAUAAAAAAGCUCUGUUUUCUUGAUGUAAUAAUUCACAGAGUCACUGUGUUUGUUUAUUGUAAUCACACAAAAGUCACAAAUGCAGGUAUUUUUGUCGCCUCAGAUCUGCUCUGACUGCAGUGGAUCUGUUGCCUGUUACUGUACAUGCGUGUUACCUCUCAAAGACCGAGGCCUAUGUCAAAUCGAGAUGGAAGACAGUAGACGGUCAGGUCCAAGUAUGUGAACUUGCAAAGCUGGUUGGCUUUCAUACAGUAAUUCACAUGAUUUGUCUGUGGACUGAACUGCAAGAAGUCCCGCUCUGUAGUUUUAGUAACCGUUUUCAGUAGGGGUGCGUUACCGUAGACCUGUGUAAAUUGUUUGUUUUGUACCUACUGAAGCAAAUUGCCCACCAAGAGUAGCACAGAUGUCAGAUGCCGACAGUGUUUCUAUUAGUAAAGGUUAGAGGCUUCUGGUAGAACAAGUCAAGUUUGUGGAUUUCUACCAAGUUUUCACUCGAGAAGCCGAACACGGUUCUUGACUCUGUGAAGGCUCGUAGCCAAACGAGGCCGUUAUUUCCCCUGAAUGAUAGACUUUCUGCUUAAUCUCAGGUGUUUGCUCAUUGAUGGAGUUCAGGUUGUGUAGCAGUAUGAUAACUCGGUUCACUUUUAAGCGUUAUUGUAACUGUAACACGUGCCACGCUGUCGAUAGACACCUAUCUAACAUUCAACAGUGGUUAACUUUUCUUAAAGAGUUUGUAUUUCGAAGCUUUGUCAGGUGUGCAUCAGUAUUUAACUUUACGGAAGCAUUAGUCGAUACGUGCAUUAACUAACAUCACACUGUUAUAUUGUCUCUGUAAUCUGGUAAUUAAGCUGCCUCGCUAUCCAUUACGAUAUCCUGUAACAUAACGCUAGGGAUAAUUGAGGUCUUUGCAUUAUCUUUAGGGCAAAAGUCAUAGCUUAUAUAAGUCGAACGAAUCAGGUCAGUUUAGGGUAGCUGUUGUUUAUAGUCUUGGCAUGAAAUUUCAUUGUGGUCUGCUUUGGGCCCUAAAACUUUUAGGGUGAACGGAGACUGAAAGUAGGUGCUGUUCUAUGUUUUUUCUAUAUUCGGUUGAUAUUAGAAUAGACCACAAACACAUCUAUAGUUGCUCACAGUAUGACGACACCGUUCUAGUUGUGUUUAACUCGGGAUGAGAGCGGGAAAUCAGAGCGAUGCAUGAGAAAUCAACGCAAAUCGAAGGCUGUGAAAACUUCUUUGCGCCUUUUCCACGGCAGAUCCAUUCCUACGCAGCUCUCUAGCUUCUCGCGUUAGUUCAUUUCGAGCGACGUGAAAUAGAGACUGGGCUUGCUGCACUGCCUGCCGUGUACCCUUAGCUGGAUUGUGGGUAGUGAGGGGGGGAGGGAGGGGAACUGAGAGCUGAUCUUUUUUUUUGUUUUUUGUUUUUUGCUAACAACCAUGUUGUUUUGAAAUGUAGGCGAACUGUACUGCUGAUCAACAUGGAUUUAAGCAAUAAAAAUUCUUUAUAAAA